GGAAUCAGAGCACAGAGCAGCGGAUCAGAUUCUCAGCUACAAGCAUCUCUUGGAUCACAGCUCCACAGCAUCACCUCCUAAUGCAGCCACAAGGCAACCCUAAAUAUAGAAACAUCCUAAUUAGGCACAUAAACGGCAGGAAUUAAGAUGGAAAACUUCUCUAUGAAUUUCUUCUCCAACUCGUCGAGGAGGUCAGAGUGGCUGAAUGGGUCGAUGCCUCAGAUCAUUCCCAACUUUUAUCUGGCGUUGCCUAUCAUCUAUUCCAUCAUCUGUGCUGUCGGACUGACAGGAAACACUGCUGUUAUUUAUGUGAUUCUCAAGGCACCAAAAAUGAAGUCUGUAACCAACAUUUUCAUCCUGAACUUGGCCAUCGCCGACGAACUCUUCACUCUGGUAUUGCCCAUUAACAUAGUUGAUUAUUUGUUACUGCAGUGGCCCUUUGGUGAGUUUAUGUGCAAGUUAAUUAUAUCCAUUGACGAGUACAAUACCUUUUCCAGCCUCUACUUUUUAACGGUCAUGAGCAUUGACAGAUAUCUUGUGGUUGUUGCAACUGUAGAGUCUAAAAAGUUAUCUUACCGCACCUACAGGGCUGCUAAAAUUGUAAGUCUCUGCAUAUGGAUUUUUGUUACUAUCAUAAUAUUGCCUUUUGUUGUUUUUGCCAAGAUUCACAAGGAGCACGGUCGCUUGCAGUGUCUAUUUGUAUUUCCUAAUCCAGAAAGCCUGUGGUGGCAAAUGAGUCGAAUCUACACUCUUAUCAUGGGCUUUGCAAUCCCUGUGUCCACCAUCUGCAUUCUGUAUACCAUGAUGCUUUACAAAUUGAGAAAAAUGCGCCUAAACACGAACGCAAAAGCCUUAGAUAAAGCUAAGAAGAAAGUGACUUUCAUGGUUAUAGUCAUCUUAGCAGUGUGUCUCUUCUGCUGGACUCCGUACCAUCUCAGCACCGUGGUGGCCCUAACUACAGACAUCCCACAGACUCCGGCAGUGCUUGGAAUAUCCUUAUUUAUAACAAGCUUGAGUUAUGCAAACAGCUGCCUCAACCCUUUCCUCUAUGCCUUUUUAGAUGAUAGUUUUAGAAAAAGCUUUAGGAAAUUGUUAGAAUGCAGAUCAUCAUAAUGAGCAACUUGAUCAAUAUAGGGUUUAAAUAUAUAUAUAUAUCUAGCAAGUUAAAUGUACUUGUCCUGCUCCUAUUCUAUGGGGUCAGUUUUACAGCCUCAAAGUUGCUGGCCCCUUUAUUUAACUCUGUAACUGCUGUUGACAAAGCAGGCUUGAAUUCUGAGCACUGGAUUGACAAAAACAUUUAAGGGUUUAAAAUACCCCUAUAAUUAAAGAUAACUGGGAUGUACAGGAGCAUCUGAAUAAUAUACUGUAGAUAUUUUAUUUUCAUGUAUGCAGAUAUGAUGCCUUUCUGCAAUUAUAUUGUAUGCAUUUGCAACUGGAUAGGCUGCAAUUCAUAUGCAUACCCAGCUCUGCUUGUGAUUGGUUUUGAGGAAAUAAAGUUGCUAUAUGAAAAGAUAUAGCUUCACAUGAGCUUCACUUUGGGACAAUAGGGCUUUUAUAAUUGCUGCACAAUUUUAAUUUUAUUGUUGCAUCUUUAUAUAUAUAUAUAUAUAUACACACACAUAAACACACACACAUACACACACACACACAUAUAUAUAUAAUUUUGAAAGUCAAGCAGCAAGUUAGUUUGAGAAGAAAAACAUGGAUGUGUCUAGUAAUGAAGAUGAUUAUGGAAUACCAAAUGAAAUGUUUUUGAGUGCCUUGCUUUAUUCAGAUGCAGUAUGAACUGGAUAACUGUAUGCUUCAAAAUAAAAAACAUUGCUCAGUUACCCAAAA